AUGGUGACAAAACCAAAAAAAGUACCACGCAAAAAUUCAAAACGUUCGAACAAUCGUUCAAAAAGUUUGGUACUGCCAAAGAAAAAUCGUAACUUUGAUGAGCAAAAGCGAAGCGCACCGUUGCGAGACAAGACUAAUGACAACGUGCUUAGGCAUUCUGCUAGCGUGGAUGAGGUAAAGAUACAGUCUUUGUAGCUUUGUCGUAUAGUUAUCGAUACAAUGUCUAACCAUUGUAUUGUAGUUCUUAAAGGCUAAUUAAGAAACGAAAGUCGAAAGUUCUUUUAGUUGUAUCCAAUAUACCCAAGAAGACAAAAGACUCAACACGGUUUUGAGUACGAGCGUUUAAAGUGUAUUAGAGAACGACGCUUGUAUGAGGACCCGGAAUUCUCACCUGAAGUUGCUAUCAAUCAUCAUCCUAAAACCGAAUGGUGGAGGCCUUUUGUACGUUAGCUGUAAAUAUGUGGUCUAAUAGUAAAAUACGCCUUUUUGCCAUAACACAGUUUAAAAAAUUUUAUUUUUUAUUAUAGACAAUAGUAAAGAAUCCUCGCUUCUUUACUCCAAAUGUGUCUCGGCAUGACAUUCAGCAAAUGGGGCUGGGAGAUUGUUUCUUUUUGGCACCGUUAAGUUUGAUUGCUGAUAGAACUGAACUAAUCAGACGUGUAGUACCAGCUGGGCAAAGUUUUGCCAAAAAUUUUUAUGCUGGUAAGAUCCUACAGGAAUAUUCGCAGAUAUACUUUUAUAAAAUACGUUGGGCGUUGUCGUAGAAGGCUUAAAAAGAGUUACACCUUUUGCUAGUGUAGGGUAAGGUAAAGUAGUGUCAAGCAGGGUAGUUUUAAUUAGGAUUUUGAAAGUUUUAAAAAUAUUUUAGGUAUUUUUCAUUUUUGUUUGUGGAAGUACGGAGACUGGAUCGAUAUUGUCAUUGAUGAUCGCUUACCGGUCAAUGUGAAAACAGGACAAUUACGGUUCACUCGCGCCCGAUCGUACAACGUAUUUUGGGUUUCGCUGUUGGAAAAAGCGUUUGCCAAGUAAGAAUUUUAACGGCCGGUUUUUUAUCCUACACUCUUUUUUUCACGUAUUUUACAAAAUUUGGACACCAAAAUGGUUUAAUGACCUUUUUGCUUACAGAUUGUAUGGAUCGUACACCAACAUUCAAGGCGGACAUGCCGCCUUUGCAAUGCAAAACCUGACCGGUGGUAUAAGUGUAUUCAACUUGUGGCAGAAUCAGUCGAAAAAGCACUUGGACAAAGUUUGGCAGAAACUAGUAAUGGAAUUUAAAUUAGGGGUGCUGUUUUGUCCUAAAAGUCCAUCUUUAAGAUAUUGGCUGCUCAAUGACAUUUCGAAAUUGAUGCCUGAAGACAUGGGGAUACAGUCAGGUAUUCUUGCGCUAACUUUAUUUCUUACCUUAGUCCUAGCCCAGAGCCCUAGUUCAGAGCCUUAGCCUAGAGCCCUAGCCCAGAAGCCUUACUCAGAGCCCUAGCUCAGAGUCCUAGCUCAGAGCCCUAGUCCAAAGCCCUAGCCUUAAUUUUAGCCUUAACCCUAGCCAUAUCCUCAUGUUCAGCCCCAGUCUUAACUCUGCUACUAGCUAAUGUCCAUGAUCAAGCCCAUGCUCAUGCUGGUGCCCUUGCCCUUGUCUUACCCCUACCUCUAUCUCUACCCUUACCCCUAUCUUUACUCGCCUACCCGCUUUACCGUAUUCCCAUUCUUUUCUUGCUUUACCAUAUCUAACAAUCCUUACCGUAAAAUCCUACAGUCUACCUUUAUUUUCAGGCCAUGCCUACGCAUUGACAGGCCUAAAAGAAGUCCAAACGACAAAUGGUCUAGUCCGAUUAGUCCGAGUAAGAAAUCCUUGGGGUAGGCUAGAAUGGAAUGGCAAUUGGUCUAGGCAUUCCCGGCUUUGGCAGACCGUACUGGAUUCAGAAGAGCGUAGGGAAAUGGUCGAUUUGAGAAUCAACGGCGAAUUCUGGAUUGGCUUCGAGGACUUUACAAAGUAUGGUUUUACUACAUUUUGGGCGUAUUUUAAGCUAGGGUUACAUUGAAAAUGGCAUUUAAAGUAAAAAAAAUAUUUUUUAAAUUUUGAUGUGGGCGCAGCUUGCGAAAAAUGCUUUAAAAUCAAAUAAUUUUGAAAAAUAAAUUUUGGUAACAAAAAUUUUUAAAUAAUAAUUUUUCGUAUUUUAGAUAUUUCAAAAACGUGGAUCGAUGCUAUUUAGGCCCGGAAGUCAUAGCCAAAUCAAACGAAAUGGGUGGUAAAAUAAGUUCUUGCCAUUUUGAUUAUGCAUCAGCCCAUGGUGAAUGGAGUACGAAUAAGAAUACGAAUGGAGGUGGAUUUCCAAAAGCUAUUCGUCGCGGGACAUUCUUCAUCAACCCUCAAUACAUUGUGACAUUGAAGGUUAGACCUGACUCUGUUAAGGUAUGUAGGUUUGGUAGGGAGGGGUAGGGUAAUGUAUUUGGAUGGGGAUAUCAGAAUGGUAAGGUACGGUAAAUUAAAUUAAGGCAAGGUAAAGGUAGGGUAGGGUAGGGCCAGAUAAGGUAGGAUACGGCAAAGUACGGUAGGGUAAUUUAAAUUUUAAGCCUUAUUCUUCAAAAUGAAUUACUUAAAAUUGGCGGGAAAACAAAAAUUCAAAAUUUUCAAAAAAUUGUUUUAGGACCAAAAAGGCCGCGUCCUAGUAAUAUGGCAAAUUGUACAAAAAUUUGCUCGAGAACACAAUUUGAAACAACUUUUCAGUAGUUGUGUUGUCUACAAGCUAACAAAUAGAAUGGCAGCGCCCCAAAAACGGUUUGGCAACAAGUUUUUUGAGCAAAACGCACCUAUGAACAACGUCGAAUACAGUAUUUUGGUAGGAAUAUUAUAGAUUUUUUCAUUUUCUAAUGACUUUUACUACUAAAAGGUAGAAGACCAGUGAUUUCUAUCAACUUUCAGACCAGCCAACGCAAAAAAUAUGCGUUUGGAACGUAUCUUUUUGUUCCAUUUUGCCAUAAAUUCUCGUACGAUGGUUAUUUCCUACUGCGAAUUUAUGCCAAUGCUGACAUUACUAUCCGGUGAGUUAUGUCUAUAUUAAUUUUAGUUAGAAAAAUUCGAAUUUCGGCUAAAAAAUGGCUAUAUUUCUCCGAAUUUCAUAUCAAAUUUUCAACUUCAUCGAUUUUGAUGGCUACUAUAAUAUCUUUUUUUCAUAACUCGAAAUUUUUAGGAAACUGGAGGUGAAUACUAAUUAA